UUAAAGUAUGUUCAAAUUUAUUCUUUUUGGAGAAAAAAAGGUGUUACCGGACCUAAACCGUAUCCAUUUGUUGGAAAUUAUGCACCGUUUAUAUUUGGAAGAGUAAGUGAAGGAGAUUUGUUACGGAAAAUAUAUGAACAAUAUCCAAAUGAAAGGUUUGUUGGAAUCUACAAAGGGGUCCGACCUGUUCUUCUUCUCAGAGACCCCGAAUUGAUUAAACUUGUGAUGGUCAAAGACUUCAAAUACUUCCCCGACAGAUGCAUUGAGAAGACCUUACAGAUUGCCAAGAGCGUCUUCACAUUAAAAGGAGAUGAAGAAUGGCACGCAAAAAGAAAAUUGAUGACACCAAUGUACACAACAUCCAAACUAACCAAAAUACUUCCUUGUAUUCAAAAAUCCGCUGAUAAUUACGCAAAAUACGUGAAGUACCUGAUCGAUAAUAACAUUGAUCAUGAGAUCCAUCAUCUACAAUCCAAGUUCAUGCUGCAAAACGUUGGAAUCUUAACAUUUGGCGUAGAAAUCGACCCUUUCUUUGGUGAUAACGAACUUGAGACCGCUUUGAUAGAAACAACGAUCCAUCCGCAUCUAAUAAAUUCGCCAAUACAUAUCGCCAACUACGUGUGUCCACCAUUAUUGAAAAUGUUAGCACCUCUCCUACAAAAAAUAUAUCUGAGAAGACUGAUGAAUUUCGGACAUUACAUAACGUCAUUAAUUAACAAGCCACGAGACGGUAACGAUCUGAGUCACAUCUUCUUGAACCAUAUGGUGAAUCUAAAGUCUCGUGAUGAGAAAGUGCUUAACAGUAAACUGCAAGCAAAUGUAAAUAACACAGACAUUAUAGAACAGACCUUGACUAUUGCUUUAGCCAGUUACGAGACACCGUCUAUUCUGUCAGGACUGAUCCUUUACGAACUGGCUCUUCAUCAGGACAUUCAAGAGAAAUGUUACCAAGAAAUUACGACUGUGUUUGAAAAACACGACGGACAACUGUCCUUACAAGCUCUAAGUGAGAUGAAGUACUUGGAUAUGAUCUUUGAUGAAACUCUGAGACUUCAUCCUAUGGCUCAUGUCCUUGAUCGAAGACCUUCUGCUAAAUAUACUUUUCCAGACACGAAUGUGACCGUAGAUAAAGAUGUGUUUAUUUUUAUACCCACCCAUGGAUUGCAGCUGGAUGCAAAAUAUUACGAGAACCCCUUAAAGUUCGACCCGGAUAGAUUUUUGCCGGAAAAUAAGGAUAAAUUACAAUCGUAUACUUAUUUGCCAUUUGGAUUUGGACCAAGAGCGUGUUUGGGUAUAAGAGCAUCAAAGGUGUUAGUAUUAUCAAACAUAUCUUUAUUUCUUAGGAGGUUCAAGGUGUCACCGUCUGCUAAGACCAAACCAGUACUGAAGUUAGAUCCAAAGAGGCUGCUCGCUAGUGUACCGUUAGGUGGAAUUUGGAUAAAAAUAGAACAAAGGAAUUGA